GCCUCAUUACACGUUAGUUUUCAAGCACUUUGAUUAUUAUUUCCGCUCUACCGUUGAAUUUCUAAAUAAUUAAUGGAGACAAUUUGCGCAUACUUGCGGCCAGCACGUAACGCCAACUGUUCCUGAUCGAUCGGCGAAGUGCUAAGUCGAUACGAAAUUACGUUCAAACUGGUUCAAUAUUUUUCCGCCACCAUACUCUAUCGGAACCAAUUUUCCACACUUUGCCUCCAUUUAAUUAAGUAACUGCGCGUGGAUGGCACUGGUUAACGAAGACAGGCAAUUUGCCGCGCCUUGCAAUUAAAUAAAAUGGCACCCAAUUCCACUAAUACAAUGAGUUGCAGUUUCAAGCGACUUUCCAAAAAGGAAACGACACGAUAAUCAUGUUUGGUACAAGCAGGGCCUCCUAGAAACCAAGGACUUAAUACUGGGAUGUUCUUCUACAGACCGCAGAGUGCAACAACAAGGCAACAGACUGAGAUGAUCAAUAAGGCCCAACGGGCCGUACACACAACCACGGAUUCCAUAGAGAAACUUCGCUUGCUCUGCCUGGCCAGAGGUGCCAAUGGCAUCCUCGGACUGGGUAGAGCGUUUCGUAUCAUGGACGAUGAUGGCAAUAAGAAACUAAGUCUUGAAGAGUUCACGAAAGGCUUGAUGGAAGCCGGUCUGGAUGUCUCGGAAGAUGAAAUUCAAGAGAUUUUCAAUAAAAUCGACACCGACGACGAUGGAAACAUCAGCGUCGAUGAAUUCAUCGUCGCUAUAAGGCCUCCAAUGUCCCAGAGCCGCAGGAACGUGGUAGAUCAGGCUUUCCAAAAACUGGACAAAUCCGGCGACGGGUUAAUCACGUGCGACGAUCUAAAAGGCGUGUACAACGUUAAAUGUCAUCCUCGUUACAUAAGCGGAGAAGAAAGCGAGGAGAGCAUAUUGAACAAGUUCCUAGGUAAUUUCGAGCAGAACAACACAAGAGACGGCAUUGUUACCAAGGAGGAGUUUAUGAAUUACUAUAGUGCGAUUAGCGCUAGUAUCGAUCACGAUGCGUACUUCGAUCUAAUGAUGCGCAACGCUUACAAACUCUGAACCACCGGUACGGCGUCUUACAAGAGACGUAGGUUUCUUGUAGCAUUUAGCUACGACAUAAUAUCUAUUCGGUUGCUGUUACAUAACACAGAAUUAUUGGCUUUGCGAAGGACGUCAGGUCAUGGCCAAUGCCAACGUUCGAAGAACAUACCAUGUGGCUUCCCUAGCUCGGUCGUGUCCAACGUUUUGCAAACUGACAGCAUGUAAUAUCGUGCACCUGAAGUUCAGUGUGACCAAUAAUGACAUAUCGAUUUGCAAACAGUGGACACGAUUCAUUCCCUUGUGUCACAAGGCUUUUCUUAUCUAACAAUUAACGAUCACAACUUCGCUUUAAGGCUCAGUUUUUGCGUGGGUAAUUAUACUUAAUUAUCUAACGAUUAAAGCAUCCUGCAAGAAAAAGAACACAAAAUAAAUAAUUCUGUAUAAACGAGACUCCGUUGUCGAGCGGUACUCUGAAAAUAAAUUAUUUCUUCUUAACCGUUUGACGUUCACUCUUUUUCGACUAAACGAUAAUAAAAUACCUAAAUAUACAAUACAAAUUUUAUAUUCAGUUAUACUUACUCUUCGAUGCCCAGCUAAAUUCGUGUUUGCGGAAAAAUGCAGUGUACACAGAGUAGAGAGUUGUACAGUUAAGAGGGUAUUCUGGUCUAGAAAGUCAAAUUUUAUAUCUUUGCCGGGAACUUAUUGCAAAAUACCGUAAAACUUUGUUAUAUGAUUUUUAGAACACAUAUUCAUUACUAUUUUAUGUAUAUAUAUAUUAUUGUCUUCAACUGAAAAUAAUGAGAAUUACGUAUGCUAUGUGUGAUUAAAUCUAAGUAUAUAAAGAAAAGUGGUCUAACGCUGUGCAAGAUGCCAACCGUUCUGUUAACCUGUAACAAAAAAAGCAAAAUAGCACUUUGAUUAGUAUGAAUAUAACUAUUGCGUGUACCACGAUAAAUACAACAUUUCGGCACAUUGAAGUUUGAGUAUCACGGAGCAUGUGAAUACGUGCAUGUGUGGCACGAUUAAGUAACCGAGCUAUAAAUAAUGCUAACAGGAAAACAUUCCAAUAAACUUUAACUUUUAUAUCUCGGUAACAGAGUUACAGAUUACAAAAUAUUAAUGACCUCUUUGAUUUCUCUUCGCGCAAGAAAUCGAUCCUGAAAAAGAGUACCACACUUUCAUUACCACCAAGUAUAUACAUAUGUAUAAAUAUAGAUCUAUAAAUUACGAUUUAUGUAUAGUAUCUAAGGAACAAAAGUUGGUUACAGGGUCCAAUGCAGUGAAAACGUAUUAUAUAGUUGUACAAUAGUAUAAAUACACAUAUGCAAUGGACGUACGAUCUAUCAUACUCAAAAUCGCAAACAGUACGUCGAAUAUUUCGAUUGGACAAAACACAAACGCAAUGUUUCUUUACAAUUAAGUUUGUAAUCUCGAUACUACAGCAUGAACAACAAAAUUAAGAAAAUGAAAUUACAAGAAUUCUUUUGUUUUUAAACGGAAUGAAAACUUUACGGUUCAGAGUUGAGUAUGAUGCGAUUAAUUUCAUUGAAGUAAUUAAUCGAUUAACGGAACAGUUAAUUCAGCUGUGCUAGAAUUAUUCAAUUAAACAUUACUAUCGUCUAUGUUUUCAUAUCUGCGAUAUUUUCUUAAUUUCCCUUAGUUUUACAUAAAUGAUAGUAGCAUACAUUUCCAUAUGUACUUCAAAAUUUCGCUACUAAAGUAAUAUGUAUUAUUAUUAAUCGUUCACAUGACAUUACAUAAUAAAUGAAUUAAUAAACAUUCCAAGUGAUAUUUAUUAAAUCGCCACUAUCUUGAUUCAUUUAUAUCAAGGAAAAGAAUUAAACAAUAUGUGAUAUAUAAAUAAUUAAAGGACCUAUCAAUAUAAGUAUAUAUUAAUUUUUCGCGAAAUAAUUUGUCGAGACAUCGAACGGACAGUUGAGAUGACUGACAUUGCUCUCCCCUCUCUUCCGCCAUUUUACAUGAGGCAUAUGUGGGACUGCUUUGACCAAAAUUUCUCAGUUUUGUGACGGUCUCCGGGGAAGGUGGAUCAAUGCGGACCACUACUGACCACUAUUGACCAAUGGUGACCACUUGCUGACCAGUGGUAAGAAGUAUUUAAAUCUCCCCCCUCUCUUAUUUUACUCAUCCAAAAUUUACUUGUUUAACUUUGAGUACCGUUUGACGAAAAAUUGAUUUUAUUUAAUUUACUUGCU